AUGGACCCCAACGUAGACUACUGGCAAGUGCCUUCAGCCAAACCUCCGAAUGGCACAACACCCAACUUCAUCAAUCCUCCCAGCAUCGGCUAUCAGCAGACAGCGACCAACAUAGCCGUUCUGGUCAUCAUGAUUGUUGUUGUCAUGCUUCGGCUUUACACUCGAAUCUUUAUUGUCAAAUCUGUCGGCUACGACGACUGGGCGAUGAUUGUUUCUCUCCUUAUAUGCAUAACAGCCAUAGCUCUAUACCAGGCUCUGGUUCAUCUGGGCAUGGGCCGGCAUCUGUAUGAUGUUCCCGUCGCCCUCUUCAGUCCACACUUCUUACGGCUGUACCUCAUCGCCUCGGUCUUCUACAGCUCGUCGAUGCUUUCCAUUAAGAUCGCCAUUAUGUUGCUCUAUCGACGUCUUUUCCCGAUCCAGAACUUCAUAUGGCGUUGGUGGGCUGUCUUCUUGUUUGCCGUUGGCUAUUCCGUGGCUGGUAUUCUCACGGAGAUCUUUGAUUAUAUCGCCAACGCUGUGUGCAACUCUGUCAGCGAUCUCCUAAUUCUCGCGCUUCCAAUUCCAAUUGUCUGGGAUCUCCAGCUCACUCGCAGAAAGAAGAUUACCUUGUCCCUGGUUUUUGCCAUGGGCUCUGCCGGAUGCAUUGUCAGCAUCAUCCGUCUCAGAAGUAUUAUCGCCUAUCUUCAAGAAGGCGACGCCGACCUCACCUAUACUAUCACCGAUUUUGUCGUUUGGUAA